CGAUACAAGUGCAAGUGGGAAGGUUGUGGCUAUGCUUCCGAGCAACGAUUUACAGUGAUAACGCAUAUACGAGUAGUCCAUUUUAAAAUUCCGCGUACCAAGAAGAAGCAGAUCGAGAUGAACAUUACACUUGAUUCAGUGCAGAAUCCGUAUGAUUAUCUGGAGUACCAUUCAUCAUCAUCAUCAUCACCAUCAUUACCUUCGCCAGCCAAACUUGUCGAACUUCGUCAGCUUUACUGUAAGGAAGCUAUUCUGGCGUCGAUUGGCUUUGAGACCAGCACCGGUCGACCAUCGCUCCUUAGCGGCUCCUCGUAUUUGACCGGCAGUGGGAGUUUGUUUUACAAACGUAAACGUCGCCACCGAACCAUCUUCACUGAAGAACAGCUAGAACAGUUGGAGGUGGCUUUUGAGAAGACACACUACCCUGAUGUGCUACUGCGUGAAGAGCUGGCCGAACAAGUCGGUCUCAAGGAGGAACGCAUCGAGGUUUGGUUCAAGAACCGCAGAGCCAAAUGGCGGAAACAGCAACGAAUGGACGCUGGUCUGGAGGACAUUGACGACAAGUGUCACUUCUAA